UUGUUUUAGUUUUUAAGAUAACCAGACAAGAAUUAACCUGACCAGCGGCCCCCAAGCGCCACAAGUAGAUUUUGCAAAUAAUUGAAUUUGUAUUAGAAAAAGACAUUGAACUCUUCCCUAACCAAGUUCAUCCCUACUCGGUUUAUUAAUCCAAAUAGAAUAAAGGGACAUUAAAUAUUUAAAGAGAAAGCCCAUGCAGCCUCUGAUAAUAUACCUGUAUAUGUAUUACAUGUACCUGUCAUUUUAUUUAGAGCUAGAGCUAUAAAUACAAAUCAAGCUGUAUUAAAUUAUGCUUAUUAAAGCUCAGCACAAUAACCAUUGACGGUAUGAGAAAUCGCCAAGAAUAAAGUAGUUAUUGUUAGAUCAAAUAUAGCUCCCAGAAGUGGCCACAGGUGUUUUUUCAUUUGAGUAGAAUUGUAUGCACAUGAGCGAGCAUAUCAGAGGGGAGUGCAUAUUGACAUAAGAAAUUUAAUAAUCUUGAAGUUCUAUGUUUUUCUUUAAAUUUUAAGGUGGAGUAAUAACUGGAAGUUUGUGUACUUACAGUGGUGGUUGAGCAAUAUCUACCAGUUUGAUCUACAGAGCCGAAUUAUAUAGACAAUGGUGGUCACAGACAACUCAGGUUUUUUAUCGAAAGUAUGGAUGCCAGAAAUGUUCAUAAAAUUGCUCAGCAAAUGUGUUCACAAGCUGCAGAACUCUGGAGAGGAAUUUGACAGAUGUCAUGAAUCCAGCCAGUAUGGGUCCGAUUUGAAGACCGAUUUGUUUAUUAAGCAGCAGACAGAUGGAUCUUGUCAGACUAACAACAGUGGUAAUGCUGGAAGCAACGAAAAAGUUAAGACUGGUUUCAUUGGAAUUGAAGAAAAGAUUGAUGAUGGGGAUCAAGAUCACGAGAAAAAUCAUUGUGCGGGCAAUGAAGAAAUGAGUAGAAAUGUUGAAAAGAAGCAGAGGUUUCCCCAUCCUGGUCUCAAAUUCAAACGAAGGACAAUAGGUGCAUCCCAUGCUGCUUUAUGGACAUGUAUCUUAAUGCUCUUUCUGUGUUUACUUCCUGCCCAAGGAGCUGACCUUAGGGACCGGCAAUCCAGAAAGCAUGACACGUCAAUGAAUUUCUGUGAGACCUAUAGGUCUAACUUGUCUCAGAGCUCUGGACCUUGGAAUGGCGGCAUGUGUAGCAGUGAGCUCAAGAAGAUUCACUGUCAGACAGGGGAGAUAAAAAACUGUGCGCCUUUGGUGUCUAGAGAUUCUAAAAAUUCUUUUUUUGCAUGUUGCAUAAAAAAAAUAAGGGAUUUGAAAGAUGACCAGUGCCUUUUGAUAACACAGAUUAAGGGAUCCAACCAAAAAGUGGCCCAGUGUUAUGAAGGAAAACAAUAUUGUUCGCCUCCAGUUUCUACCAGUCCCCCUACAUUCUCAAAAAGUACACAAGAUCCUCUGACUGUCAAUACCACCAAUCCCCUACCAGAAUCACUGAGCCAAAAUACGAAACCAAGUAAAGGACUGACCACUGCAGCUUGUGCUUUCCCAGUCUGCUGUUUGAUCAUAUUAGCCGUCUGCUUUAUCAUCGUGCUCUGUUACAUGGGCCAUGUUGUUGGUUAUGCCUUAUGUCUUGCGCAAUUGAGGGUUGUCUGCAAAUUAAAGAAUUUUAGUCCAGUUAACCAUUAAAAUAAGGAAUCGGAAAGAUUAAAUGAACGGGGAAACUCAAUCAUUCUUCGGAAAGAAAAUGACUUUCAAUGUACAAGCAAUGUUCAGGAAAUAAACAUCAUAAAGAAGAUACACUAUCUGACUAUAUAUGAUAUGGCGCUUAUAAUCUGAUCAAAGGAUGGGAAUCAUUCAUUAUAUAUCCAUGCUUAUAGACCUUUUAAUGUUUGCCUUAUUUAAGCUAGAUUUAGAAUCCAUGUAUUUAAACUCAUUAAUUUUCGUUAUAACAUAUCAAAUUUGUAAAUUAUACUGUAAUUGUUCCAAAAUGAGAUUCAGAAAACUGGCCAUUUUUUAACGUGUUAAGUUGAAAGGAAAUAUCUUUUUUUAGUAACUCUCGGUGAAUUAUUGUAUUUACCAAUUUCCGUAAUCGUGAUUUAUGAGGUCAAGUUUAUAUUCCUAUUUGUGGUGAAAAUAAAUCAGUUUUGAAAUGUAGGUGAAAUUAUUAACAAUAAUAAAAGUCUAGUUUUAUGCAAAUAUAACAUUCUGAUCAUCACAUUUACUCAUGUUUUGCUCGUCUUGUUUGUCUACAUAUUCAGAUACGAAAAUAUAAAAGCGGUCCUUUCAAUUUCUUUAUAGAUAAUUAUCGUUUUGUAUACUUUUUUUUAAAAAACAGCUGUACCUUCGAAUUACUUAAUUUUUAUCUAUUGUAAAUAUAAAUUGUAGAAAAUUUUUCUGUUGUUUUAAAAUAAUAUGAAUUUACAUUUAUCCACUGCCUAAUGCCUCUGCAUGAUCAUCAAUAGUUUUUUUGGUGAUGUGAAUUAGAUAUGAUUAUUUUUACUUAAUUUUUAUGACAAUUUAUAGGUCUUAAUAAAAAUAUAUUUAAUUUAAAGAUAAUAAUCUAAAUUUAGACUGUUUACGUAACUACAAUGUACUGUGCAAUUUUUUGAAGUCUUUUCUCCAUGAUAUUUACAUUUCUUUCAUAACCCAGGUCUUCAUGUUUAUUGUAAUUCUUUAACAUAUUUGUUUUAAUUUUCCAAAGACAAAUAUUUCAGAAAUUCUUUAGAAGACUUUGCUAACGUUUGUUUUCAAUUAAGCUGCGUUUUGGACGGAAAAUACAGUGAAUACAGUUGUAACAAAUGUUGUAGCUUCUGAUGUGUAAGGAGGAUUACUCUUCAAAAUUAUUUAUCUCUCCCUACAAAAUGUACAUGUAUUAUGUUUUGUAUUACUGUAGUAAUUUAUGUUGUCGUAAUGUUUAGAGAUCAUGCUUGUUGUAUCUAUGUCAGAAUAAAAAAUUCUCAAAUGGUCUAAAAAAAAUGUCAAUAAGUCUUCCAUAUGGUGCCAUCGUAAGUGCUCAAAAUGGAAUUAAAAUGUUAAUAAAUGCACAAAUCGGCUCUCAAAGUGGAUGUUGAAAAGAUAUAAAGAAAGCCUUCAAUGCACUUCAGUUGAUAUAAUAGUUAGUAAAGCAUCAUUUUUUUUUUUCAUUUAUUUUUUAGAGUAAUUUCAUAAUGUAUACAAAGUUUGAUUUCAUGGACAGUUUAUAAUUCUAUAAUUAUAAUAGUAUUAAACUCAAAUGAAAUUUUAAUCGCACCAAAUAACAUUUUAACCGGAAAUUUAUUAUAUAUGAGUAUGUUUACAUUAGAUGUGGCUUCAUUAUCAUGCUUUUCGGGCUUGUGAUUUUGAAAUAUAUUAAUAAGACAUCUUUUAAAUAAUGCUUCGUCUACCUAUACUCCCAAUUUUAUGUUUCAUUAAAAAUAGCAUCUUUUUAUAUACAUAAUGAACAACACUAUUAGAGUGGGUUUUUUUUUUAUAGAUAUGUGGAAAUACUGGGAAAUGGAAUUCAUACACAAAGUAGAAAACUGUAAUUUAACAAU